AAUAUAUGGUAGUCUCGGGUUGAAUUUUUUAAAUUCCAAAAAUACCCUCUGCUCGUCUUCUCUUCGAAAAAAAAAAUUAAAUUAAAUGAGAGGACCGCGAGUUCUCUAGGUGUUUCGCUCCGCUCUUGUUCCUUCCUUCAGGGAUAAGGUGUUAGCACAUCGAAAUGCAGAGGGGAAGAGAAGGUAGAGAUGACCUCUUUCGCUCAGGCGAUCACUUUGAUGAUUUUGUGGGUUUUGGUGGCUUUGGAUCCCGUCGAAGCCUAUUGUCUAGCAUGUUUGGAGGGAGGGAUCCAUUCAAUGAUCCUUUUUUCACUUGCCCAUUUGGGAGCCUGUUUGGAUCCAGCAUGAUGAAUCCUAGUGCGCCUUCUGGUAAUACACCACAGAUUGAUGCAUCAAAGGGGUUGCUUAUUGAAGAAAUAAGCUCUGAUGAUGACAAAGAGGAGGAAAAUGAAGAAGUUGAAGUUCCUGGGGCCAAGCAAGAUAAGCCUCAAAAGUAUUUGGAGUCAAGCAUAGAGCCAUUGGUAGAGCAUCCAGAUGAUUAUGCUGAUGAUAGAAAUAUGAAGCGCAUACAUUAUAGGAAUGAUCAUAACCAAGCGGAAAGGACACAGCCUCAGGCUCAGAGUUUUAGUUUCCGGAAGGUCACAUAUGGUGGUCUGGAUGGAGCAUAUUACACCUCCUGUACCACAAGAAAGACAGGCAGCAAUGGAUUGGUGGUGGAAGAGAGCAGAGAAGCAGAUAGAACAUCUGGUCAAGCAGCACAUAGAAUUUCUAGAGGAAUUCAUGAUAAGGGCCAUUCUGUUAUGAAGAAGCUUAAUUCAGAUGGGAGGGUGGAUACAGUGCAGACUUUACACAAUCUGAAUGAAGAUGAGCUUGCGGGCUUUGAUGAAGCUUGGAAAAGCAAUUCACCAGAGAAUUUGUCUGGCUGGAAAGAUGGUUUUGGCAUGCACAGGGAUGAAGGGGCUAGCAGCAGCAGACAGGGUGUGCGGGUAACUUCGGAGGGUUGGGCUCUUCCAUCCAUCGAGCACCCUGGAGGAGCUGGGGGAUUGAGACCAGACAAUGAACUGAAGACUAAUGAGCAUUCCGAAAUAGCUGGGGGAUUGAUACAUGACGGUGAGCCGAUGACUAAUUCUUCCAGGAAAGCCAAAAAGGUAGUAAGAAUCAAUAUAGAGUAAGGUAGUUUUGGAGGUUUUUUAUUUAUUUAUUUUUCCUGCAUAUUGCAUCUACAAAUAGCACAAGUAGUGGUAACGUGUGAGAAAAUUCUUGUACCUCGUGGGCAGCUAGCAGCCAGCCGUUUGUGUCGGUUAAAGAUACACCUUUGACUUUUAACUUUGUAUUACGAAUUCAUGUUGUUAGUAAUUGAUUAUGCUUUUCUAUUUUCUGUA